CUGAACCAAAGUCAGCCAUGGGAAAGGUGAUCAGAAAUUCAGAUACAACCACAGAGCCUCAAGAUUUAAAGCAGGUAACCUUAAUGGAACAAAAACAGAUAGUGCACAAUGAUGAAGCAGAAGAUAGUAUUCUUGACAGUAGUGACUUCCUGUUGGCUGACAUGGACAUAAACUGGUGUGAAGGUCAUGAGGAAAAAUCUGAUGUGAAAUUAAAACCAGACAAGAAAGAUAUUAACAAAGAGCAUGUUAAAACAGAGAAAACGGUUCCUGUUACACCUGUAAAUACUCUUAGAGACAGAAUCAAACAGAGACUACAUAAUAAUGCAGGUGUAAAAACACCUCAGGGACCUGGAUCAGUCAUACAACAACAACAAGAGGAACAACUACAGAAAGUCCAGCAAGAAAUGGAAAGACUGAAAACUAAAGGAAGUACCACAGAUAUUGGUCCAUUUUAUGGUCUUCCGUCUAAAGUUCAACACCUUCUACAGGCACAUAGAGGAAUCACAAAACUUUAUGAUUGGCAAGAUGAAUGUUUGAAUCUACCAGGCGUAAGAGAAGGGAGAAAUCUAAUAUAUUCCUUACCUACAAGUGGUGGGAAAACCUUAGUAGCUGAGAUACUGAUACUUAAACAGAUACUGUGUCAACAAAAAGACGCUAUUAUUAUACUACCAUUUGUUUCUAUAGUACAGGAAAAGGUUAGAAGUAUAUCCACAUUUGCAUUAGAAUUAGAUUUCUUGGUAGAGGAAUAUGCAGGAAGUAAAGGCAGAUUCCCUCCAAUGAAAAGACGGAACAAACGAUCGCUAUAUAUAGCUACAAUAGAGAAAGCUCACUCACUUAUUAACAGCUUAAUAGAGAACAACAGAUUAGAUACUCUAGGAUUGGUUGUUGUAGAUGAACUCCACAUGAUAGGAGAAGGUGGGAGUCGUGGUGCCACUUUAGAGUCAACAUUGCUGAAAAUUAUUCAUAAGCAGAGUAAUACACAGAUUAUAGGAAUGAGUGCUACUUUGAACAAUAUAGAAGACUUACAGAACUUUCUUAAGGCUGAUGUCUACCAUAAUGACUUUAGACCUGUAAAAUUGACAGAGUACCUAAAGUUGCAGGACAACAUUUAUGAGGUGACAUGUAAGACGUCAGAAGAUUUGGUAUCUCACAGAAGGGUUGUUACAUUUCCAUAUUCUUCUGAGCAAACCAAAACAGAUCCAGACCAUUUAAUGGGAUUAGUAUUAGAGGUUAUACCAAAGAAUUCAUGUCUGGUCUUCUGUCCUACAAAGAAAAACUGUGAAAAUGUGGCCAUGAUGUUAUGUAAAAUGUUUGUUAAUAAAAACAGAGAGUUAUGUGACAUAAAGAAAGCUGAAAAGAAAGCAUUAUUAAAAGAACUAUACAGUGAUGGAGAACAGAGAAUUUGUCCUGUUCUGCAAUACACAGUACACUUUGGUAUAGCCUAUCAUCAUAGUGGACUGACAAUGGAUGAGAGACGACUGAUAGAAGAUGCUUACUCAGAAGGAACACUGUGUUUACUGGCCUGUACAAGUACACUGGCAGCUGGUGUUAAUCUACCUGCUAAGAGAGUAAUUUUAAGAAGUCCCUAUGUAGGGAGUACAUUUCUGAGCAGGACUCAGUAUAAACAGAUGACAGGAAGAGCUGGUAGAGCUGGGAUUGAUUCCUCAGGGGAGAGCAUCCUUAUUACCAAAUCUACAGACAGGGAUAAGGUACAAGAAUUGAUAUCUGGACCAAAUGAGAUGUGUUACAGUAGUCUGAUGUAUGAUGGUGGAAAGGGAAUUCGUAGUCUUAUACUAUCUGUGAUAGGCUUACAGGUUACUAAGACCACUUCUGAUGUGUAUGAGUUUAUGAGAAAAACUUUGUUAUCCACUCAAGGAACUACAUGUGAUGUUUCUAUUGUAACCAAAGAUUCACUGCAGAAGUUAAUUGAACUUGGUUUAGUUGUCCAGAAAAGGUCAAUGUCUCAGGGAGAUGAAAACUGUGAUAGUUUUCAUUUAGAAGUUACACCUCUAGGAAGAGCUACUUUUAAAGGCUCUGUAGAUAUUGAUAAUGCCUCCCUACUUUAUAAUGAUUUGAAGAAAGGUGAGGAGUCCCUGGUACUGGCUACCUAUAUACACCUCUUGUUUCUAGUCACUCCUUAUGAUAUGGUAGAUAUGGUCAAACCAUCAUGGAUUAUUUAUUUCCAGCAGCUGUCAGCUUUAGAUAACAUAGAAUUGAAAGCAGCAUCAUUAAUAGGUGUGCCUGAGAGUUACAUAGCCAUGAGAGCUUCUGGACAAUGUUCUAGACAGAAAGUAAAUGAUUUUGUAUUAAAUCGCUUCUACCUCACCCUAAUGUUGUAUGAGUUAUGGAAACAGAAGAGUUUAUGGGAAGUAGCUGACAAGUUUCAGCAACCAAGAGGAUUUAUACAGAAUCUAUUGUCUAGUGCAGCAGGUUUUGCAUCCUGUGUUUUUCAUUUCUGUCAGGAAUUAGAAGAAUUUUGGGCAUACCAAGAUUUGCUAGGAAAUUUUGUAAAAAGACUGUCAUAUUGUGUCACGACAGAAUUAAUUCCCUUGAUGGAAAUUCCAGGUGUCAAACUGGGAAGAGCCAAACAGCUUCAUUCCAGUGGAUAUAAAACAUUAACCCAUGUGGCACAUGCUGAUCCAGUGGACAUUGUUAAAAAUAUUAAACAGAUAUCUAAAAAGGCUGCUAUACAGAUUGUCACUUCUGCAAAGGUUCUUUUGAAUGAAAAAGCAGAAGCAUUGAGGGAGGAAGUUGAAGAACUUAUAAAUGUACCUGAAGGAAGUGUUUCCAUGACAAUGAUUAGUUCUCAGGAAUCUGACAUUCUACCUCCUACCCCUGAUGGUGCAAACUUCUCACAGGAAUCAGUUACAUAACAUAACAGUGAUUAAAUGAAAAACUGUGCCAUUUUAAUUGGAGAAAAGAACUUAUUCUAUAUAUAUAAAAAUGUGUUCAUAAAUAUAGUGAAGUCUAAAGUGCAAUCAGAAGUUGAUCAAUGUUAAUAUUAAAAUUUUAAUUUAA